GACUGGAAAAAGCAUCUGCGAUCCUGAAAGACCAGGCCCAACAGUGCCGCCAUGAGUUUGUUAAGCGGGCCCUCUCCGCAUCGCUGGAGUGGCCGCCCCCGGGUCGUAGACGCUGCUUGGUUCUCGUGGAGAAGCUCGUCGACAAGGGCGUUCUCUCCAAAGAAGAUGUGCAGUGGGGCGUCAUCCACGUCCUUGGACAGUUGGAGGAUCUGGCCCUCGACUGCCCAAAUGUUCCGGAGAUAGCCGCCGAACAUGUAAAAUCCCUGAUCUCAAAGGAUCUGAUCACCAGCAAUUUUGUGCGUCGUUGCCAAAUGCUGCGCAUUGGCGGCGAUGCCGGGCUGAAAGUCUUGGAAGCAGCCCUGGACCCAACCGCAGAGGCAAUGCCGGCUGCCAAGAACAGCAAGGUAGCCCAGGCGAUCGAGGCUAGCCGUGGCCAGGGGGAUGCCUCGAAGGACACGAAGCCAGGCGACAAGAAGGAGGAAAACUCGAAAGAAGACUCUGCAGUUUCACAGAAGGCUUCGAGCCCUGAGAAGCAGGAAGCUCCGAAAGAAGAUGCCAAGGAGGAAGCCAAGGAGAACUCCAAGGAGGAGGAGACGGAGGGCUCCAAAGAGGCUGCCAAGGACAACACGAAGAAGGAGGAUCCUAGCCAGGAUGCGAAGGCUGCUGCCGUCAACGGCUCCGCUCCCAAAGCGGGCGGCCGACUUUCAGGCGGCGGCAUUUCGCUGCGGCCUGGGGGUGGUAUGGGCUUGAGGCCAGGAGGUGGUGGUAUUAGCUUGACUGGUGGCCUGAAUGGGCAGACACUCCGCCCAGGAGGAGGAGGCGCAGUUUCUUUGACCGGGUCGGUGAAAGAAUCGUCCGGCACAGCUGGGUACCCAAAGGAAGAGGGCAAGCGAUCCUCAGCAAAUUCCGGCGGGAAGGAGUCUGACUGGCGAAGGGACGCAGCAGAGCACCAAGAUGCAAAGCAGAAGAAGGCCUCCGAAAAGUCAGGUGGCAAGAAAGGUUCCAACGGAAAGUCCGGCGGGCGAGGUCGGAAUAACAGAGACGAUGACGACGACCUCGAUGCUGAGCCGAUCCAGCUGGAGGUCUCUGACAAUUCGUGGGCGAAGAUUCAACAGAAACGUCGUGAGGAGGCCGACGCCGUCAAAAGUGGCAGCAGCGACUCCACCGACGAGGAGAUUGCCCGCAGAAUGAAGAGCAUUCUGAACAAGCUCACCCUCGAGAAGUUCGAUGACCUUUACAGGCAGCUCACUGAGUGCGGCAUCACCAAGGAAGACCACAUCAGGAUCCUCAUGCAGGAGGUCUUUGAGAAGGCCACCACGCAGCAUCACUUCGUCGAAAUGUACACCAGCCUCUGUGUGCACUUCAACGACUGGUGUUCUGAGCACCUGAAGGUCGGCAAGUUCAAGCACGUCCUUCUCGAUCAGUGCCAGGCUUCGUUCGAGGCGAACCUGUCGGACCCGCCGAAGGAGAUGUCUCCAAAGAAGAAGGCAGCAGCAACCCCGGAGGAGCUGGAGGAGCACGAGGAGAAGCGGCAGAGAUAUCGCCUUCGGGUGAUGGGCAACAUACGCUUCAUUGGCCAGCUUCUUGUGAAGAAGAUGGUAGCUUCGAAAAUUCUUACUGCGUGCACAACCGCUCUGCUGAAGGAGGCGUCGCAAAGCUCCCUGGAAGCCUUGGCCAGCCUCUUGACAAUCACCGGCAAGGAGUUUGAUCUUCCGACGUGGCAGCAUCAUGAUGCCCUCGAGAAGGUCUUCAAGAAAAUGGAAAAGCUGACAAAGGACAAGUCCCUGGAUUGCCGAACGAGGUUUUUGCUCCAG